CCGUUGACGGACUUAAAAAGAGGUAGCACAGUCAUGACAGUACGAGCAAGUUUGGGGAUUUAUUUAGGUUCUCUGUCCAGAAACGCCAAGAGGGUUUUCUGUGUUGUCUGAUUCCGAAGCUAUUAGAGGGCAAGGUAACUGUCAGACAGGUGGCUGUUUUUUUUCCAUACACCAAUGGGGAGUGUUGCGGUCCUUGGAGGGGGCAUCGGGGGAUUGGCAGCAUCUUACUAUCUUUGCAAAAGCCCCCAGAUAGCUAAGGUCAUUUUACUCGAGUCAAGCAGUCGGUUUGGAGGUUGGUUGUGGUCCACCAGGAGGUCUGAUGGAGGGGUAUUUGAACAUGGACCCAGAGGAAUUCGACCAGCGGGGUCGGUGGGACGAAAUACCCUUAAUAUGGUGGAGGACCUGGGUCUCUCAGGGGAGAUUCUGCCUGUCACCUACAGCCACGAUGCAUCCAAGAACAGAUAUUUAUAUGUCAACAAGCAACUUCAUAGGAUGCCUUCAGGAAUAAGUGGACUUCUCCGGACGGUUCCACCUUUCUCACGCCCGCUGCUGUUCAGCAUCGCCACAGAGAUAUUUGCCAAGAAAAGCAAAGAGGAGGACGAAUCCAUCCAUUCGUUUGUGUCUCGAAGGCUUGGGAAAGAUCUUGCAGACAUUGCUGUGGACAGUCUAUGCCGGGGGGUUUUUGCAGGAGACUGCCGCAAAUUAAGUGUGCGCUCUUGUUUUCCCGUCCUCUACAACGCAGAGCAGCGCAGAGGUUCCCUGACGCUUGGAAUGCUACUGGGCUCCGGCCCCACCCGAGUUGUUCCUCCUGGUCUUCUGAGCCAGAGAGCUACCAAAGAGUCGUGGGCCCAGUGGUCCCUUAGAAGGGGCUUGGAGGAACUCCCAGAGUCCAUCACUGACUUUCUCCAAAGAAGCAGGAGGGUACAGUUACACCGAGAGGCACCUGUAAAACACAUUAGUCCUUCAGCUACAGGUUGGACGAUCCAUUUGAAGGAUGGGACCAUAACAGCUGACCACAUCAUCUCUGCUCUGCCUGCUCAAGUACUCUCGUCUGUCCUGCCGUCCUCCUGCCAGCCUCUCAUCCAGCAGCUGCAGGGCAUCUCCUGUGUCACUGUUGCUGUCGUGAAUCUGCAGUAUGAGGGCUCGGUACUUCCGGUCACGGGAUUUGGACACCUGGUUCCAUCAUCAGAGGAUCGGGGUUUACUGGGUGUGGUCUACGACUCUGUCCCGUUUCCUCAACACAACAGAUCUGACGGACCAUCAACAAGACUGACGGUGAUGAUGGGGGGUGCCUGGUUCCCAGAAGUGUUUGGCUCCCCAGAUGCUGUAACAGAGGAGCAGCUUUUAGAGCGAGCCACUGAGGCGGUGCGUUGUCAUCUGGGAGUCACCUCGGCACCCAGCUGGAGUUUGGUUGCUCUGCAUAAGGAUUGUAUACCUCAGUAUUAUGAAGGGCACUUUCAGAGAAUAGGGCACAUCCGCAGCUUCAUAAAGAAUAACAACCUGGCACUUUCUCUGACCGGCUCGUCCUAUGAUGGCGUGGCUGUCAAUGAUGUCAUCUUUAGUGCAAGGACAGCUGUGGAAGAGUUGUUAGGAAAUGGAAUUUAAUGGAAAUUCAAUGGCAGGAGCUUGUAAUUUAUUUUGUUUAACUGUACAUCAGUGUAGUAAUUAUUAUUUUUUUUAAUAUGUAGUCUGGUGAUGGAGUACAUCGCUGACAGACCUUGAAAAAUGGAUGCAGGUGAAGAACAUGCGCUUUGAGAGUGAGCAGCUCACUUGCAUGAGAAAGUGGCUUUCAAAGGUUUCAAGCAUUUAAGGUUGCAAAAAGAAAAGCACACAAGUAGAGCAAAGUUGUAACUUCUAAAGGAAGAAUUACACAAACUGCCCAAGAUUUUAAUAAACAGUGAUGAAUGUAUAACUUGGGUGAGAUUGUGUGCAGAGUAAGAAGGUAAAAUGAAUUGAAAAUAAAGCAA